GGAGGCGGAGAGGAGCUCAGGUUACACCAAAAGGCUUCGGAAAAAAUGACAGGCGUCCAUUGGGGGAUGGCUCCACUGCCUCGGAAAGGAUUUCCCCAUAGACAUGCCUCUCUCUCUGCGUUGUCGAAAGCUUUCAUGGCCGGAAUCACUGCGUUGCUAUGAGUUUUCCGGGCUAUAUGUUCCAGAAGCAUUCUUUCCUGAUGUUUCGCCUGCAUCUAUGACAGGCAUCCUCAGAGCUUCAACCACCCUGGACACAGCAUGCUGGACCACUUUUAACAUCUACUGUAUCAGACUACACAGAGAAGCCACUGAAAAACACAAGCAUAUGGACAAUUUCAACAGAAAGGAGGAAACCAUGAAUAUGAACACAAUCUGGCUACCAGUAUUUAAAAAAAAUUCCAAAAUCAGGACAGUAAAGAACACCAGAAAACAGAGGAAUUCCAGACAUGACUCAAUCAGGGCCAGCUAACACCUCACAGCAAAGGAUUCCCCCAGGCCCUAAGCAGCCAGACCUUGAAGGUGAAAGGCCAUUCAGUGCUAAUCAAGGUGGCCAAUUGCAACAUUCACACCUUCCUCUGUUGGAAACUAGGCAAUUUGGGUUUAUAUCAACACCAUCAGGGACUUCAUUACUGAAAGUGAAGCCGACUUAGCAUGUAUUACGGAAACCUGGAUGCAGGAGGGCGAUGAGGUCCUCCUUCAGGAAUUAUCAUCUCCAGACUUUGUUAUCACCCACCAGAUGCGGACCGGGACUGUGUGUGUGUGGAGUGGCAAUGCUCGCAUGGGAUAAUUUAUCUCUGAGGACGGCUCCCACUCCGAACAUUUCUGGUAUUGAAAGUGUCGGCCUUGUGUGGGAUUCACAGGCGAGUAUAGCCUUUCUACUGGUGUACCGUGCGCCUAAUGCACCAGUAGACAUCCUAUCACAGCUGCUAGAGGUUGUGUCGGAGUGGGCCUUGAGGUUCCCCAGGCUUAUCGUUUUGGGGGAUUUCAAUGUCCACGCUGAUGCCGGCUCCUUUUCCUCAGCAGCUGAAGACCUGGUAUCGACCAUGGCGACACUAGGACUCUCACUUUAUAAUACGGGGCCUACACAUAAGGCUGAUCACACACUAGAUUUGCUCUUCGGAGUUGGAAUCCAAGUGACACUAACCUCCGUUCUGGAGAUUCCAUGGUCAGACCACUGCACCCUAGGAAUCCGUAUAGAGCAUACCACCCCACCCAGUCUGGGCGCCGAACCUAUCUGGGUUCGCCCAAAGAGACUGAUGGAACCGGUCAGGUUCCUGAAUGCUCUGAAGGCCAUGAAACCUGUCAGCGACUCACUAGAGGUGCAAGUGGAUACUUGGAACACCAAUUUAUCCAAUGCACUCGAUGAGAUCGCCCCCAGACGCCCUCUCCGACCCCGUAAGAAUCGGUCUCCUUGGUUUACUGAGGAGCUCCGUGCAAUGAAACGGGAGAAGAGAUGGCCAGAGGUCGUGUGGCGGGAACGCCGUGAUGAGGAAUCGAAAUCAGCUUAUAAGAUUUUCAGAGAGUCUUAUGAGCAGGCUAUCACCAAGGCAAAAAAUUCUUAUUAUGCUUCCUUGAUAGCGUCUGCGAGCUCACACCCAGCAUAAUUAUUCAAGAUUAUUAGAUCGCUGACAAUUCCUUCUGUCCCAAACAAUAAUGAGCUGGCCCCUUCUGCUGAGGUUUUUCAGAGCUAUUUCGCAGACAACAUCUCGCUGCUCCGCCGGGAACUCCCUGCCACGAUUGAUACAGUAAUUGAACCCCGUGGCCACUCAUUGGGCCCAACCUUGACCAGUUUACCCCGCUGGAUGCGGAGGCUGUCGAUAGGAUCAUGACUGCAACUAGGCCGACCACCUGCCCCCUCAAUCCGUGUCUCUCCUGGCUAGUAAAAUCUUGCCUGGAGGGAUUAUGUGAACCUCUGUUGAAUAUAAUAAAUAGCUCCCUUGAGCAAGGAGUUUUUCCAGAGGGUUUAAAAGAGGCGAUGGUAUCUCCACUGCUGAAGAAACCAGACUUAGAUCGUUCGGUUCCCUCUAGCUACCGCCCAGUCUCGAAUCUUCCAUUUCUGGGCAAGGUGGUUGAGAGGGCAGCAGCGGAACAGUUGCAGCACAGCCGGACUUGAUCCCUUCCAGUCCGGCUUCCGUAGGGGGCAUGGGACGGAGACUGUGCUAGUUGCCAUCACAGAUCAGCUUCGCUGCCAAAGGGAUCAAGGCGGAUCAGCGCUGCUCGUGUUAUUGGAUCUCACAGCAGCAUUUGAUACGGUCGAUCACAAUCUAUUGACCCACCGCCUAGCCAUGACGGGGGUUAGGGGGAUACCCUUUAAAUGGGUGUCCUCCUUCCUCCGGAAUCGGGGACAGCGGGUGAUGAGGGGAGGGAUGGUUUCCGAGUGGUCUCCGCUAACUUGUGGGGUCCUGCAGGAAGCUAUUCUCUCUCCUCUAUUAUUUAACAUCUACAUGCGACCGCUUGCCCGACUGGUGCGGAGCUUUGGGCUCAAGUGCCACCAGUACGCUGAUGACACACAGCUCAUUCUGAGGAUGGAGGGCUGGCCGGACUCCGUACCCGAUAGUUUCCAUCAGUGCCUUGAGGCCGUUACUGGAUGGUUGCAUGCCAGCAGGUUGAGGGUGAAUCCAGCGAAGACGGAGAUCCUUUGGCUGGGCCGUCCGGGUGAGAGGGAGAUCCAGCUGCCUACCCUGGAUGGCGAGACACUACAUCUAUCAUCUUCUGUAAAAAGUUUUGGUGUCUUAUUGGACCCUCUGCUCACAAUGGAGGCCCAGGUCUCUGCUAUGAGCAGAUCUGCGUUUUUCCAUCUACGUCAGGCUAGGCGACGUAGCCUACCUAUCUAGGAACGACCUGGCUACACUGAUCCAGGCGACGGUCAUCUCGAGGCUCGACUACUGUAAUGCCCUCUACAUUGGCCUUCCUCUGUCAGUGAUCUGGAAACUGAAGCUGGUGCAAAACGCGGCAGCUCGUCUUCUCGCUGAGGUGCCGGCGAGGUGGUGUAUCACCCCAAUUCUACAACAGCUGCACUGGCUACCGAUUGAGUACCGGAUUACUUUCAAGAUACUGGUACUAACUUUCAAGGCCUUACAUGGUCUGGGGCCAGUGUACCUGAGGGCCCGCUUAUCCCCCUACCAACCCCAGAGAUUACUUCAAUCCGAAGACCAAAAUUUGCUUGAAGUCCCUAACAUACGGACUUAUCAUUUGUCUUCUACUAGGCAGAGAGCCUUCUCGAUUGUAGCCCCUCAAUUAUGGAAUGCCUUGCCAGUGGAAACUCGAACUAUCCGAGACCUACUUGUCUUUCGGAAAGCCUGCAAAACCUUGUUCUUCCGACAAGCUUUCAAUGGGUGAAAAACUUGGGGAUAUGUCUGUUUUUAUUGUUGUUUUUAUUGUUUUUAUUGUUAUUUUAAAGUUAAUUGUAUUGUUUUAAUCUAUUUCUGUAAACCCCUCUGAGCCAAACUGGGAGUAGCGGUAUACAAGUCUAAUAAAUAAAUAAAUAAACCUGUGGAAUGUCCAGGAUGUGAGAAAGAACUCUUUGUUGGAGGCAAGUGUGAAUGUUGCAUUUGGACACCUUGAUUCAUAGAAUCAUAGAAUCAUAGAAUAGUAGAGUUGGAAGAGACCACAUGGGCCAUCUAGUCCAACCCCCUGCUAAGAAGCAGGAAAUCGCAUUCAAAGCACCCCCGACAGAUGGCCAUCCAGCCUCUGCUUAAAAGCCUCCAAGGAAGGAGCGUCCACCACGGCCCCGGGGAGAGAGUUCCACUGUCGAACAGCUCUCACAGUGAGGAAGUUCUUCCUGAUGUUCAAGUGGAAUCUCCUUUCCUGUAGUUUGAAGCCAUUGUUCCGUGUCCUAGUCUGCAGGGCAGCAGAAAACAAGCUUGCUCCCUCUUCCCUAUGACUUCCCUUCACGUAUUUGUACAUGGCUAUCAUGUCUCCUCUCAGCCUUCUCUUCUGCAGGCUAAACAUGCCCAGCUCUUUAAGCCGCUCCUCAUAGGGCUUGUUCUCCAGACCCUUAAUCAUUUUAGUCGCCCUCCUCUGGACGCUUUCCAGCUUGUCAACAUCUCCCUUCAACUGUGGUGCCCAAAAUUGGACACAGUAUUCGAGGUGUGGUCUGACCAAGGCAGAAUAGAGGGGGAGCAUAACUUCCCUGGAUCUAGACGCUAUUCCCCUAUUGAUGCAGGCCAGAAUCCCAUUGGCUUUUUUAGCAGCCGCAUCACAUUGUUGGCUCAUGUUUAACUUGUUGUCCACGAGGACUCCAAGGUCUUUUUCGCACACACUGCUGUCAAGCCAGGCGUCCCCCAUUCUGUAUCUUUGAUUUCCAUUUUUUCUGCCGAAGUGAAGUAUCUUGCAUUUGUCCCUGUUGAACUUCAUUUUGUUAGUUUUGGCCCAUCUCUCUAGUCUGUCAAGAUGGUUUUGAAUUCUGCUCCUGUCUUCUGGAGUGUUAGCUAUCCCUCCCAGUUUUGUGUCGUCUGCAAACUUGAUGAUCGUGCCUUCUAACCCUUCGUCUAAGUCGUUAAUAAAGAUGUUGAACAGAACCGGGCCCAGGACGGAGCCCUGCGGCACUCCACUUGUCACUUCUUUCCAUGAUGAAGACGACGCAUUGGUGAGCACCCUUUGGGUUCGUUCGCUUAGCCAAUUACAGAUCCACCUAACCGUAGUUUUGUCUAGCCCACAUUUUACUAGUUUGUUUGCCAGAAGGUCGUGGGGGACUUUGUCGAAGGCCUUACUGAAAUCCAGGUACGCUACAUUCCCUGUAUCGACCCAACUCGUAACUCUAUCGAAAAAAGAGAUCAGAUUAGUCUGGCAUGACUUGUUUUUGGUAAAUCCGUGUUGACUAUUAGCAAUGACCGCAUUUGUUUCUAAGUGUUUGCAGACCACUUCCUUAAUGAUCUUUUCCAGAAUUUUGCCUGGUAUUGAUGUGAGGCUGACCGGACGGUAAUUGUUUGGGUCGUUCUUUUUUCCCUUCUUGAAGAUAGGGACCACAUUCGCCCUCCUCCAAUCUGCUGGGACUUCUCCCGUUCUCCAAGAACUCUCGAAGAUAAUUGCCAGUGGUUCUGAAAUAACUUCCGCUAGUUCCUUCAGUACUCUUGGGUGUAGCUGAUCUGGCCCUGGGGACUUGAAUUCGUUUAGAGAGGCCAAGUGUUCCUGGACAACUUGUUUCCCUAUUUGGGGUUGGAUUUCCCCCAAUCCUUCGUCCAUUCCGUGUUGCUGAGGUUGAAGAUGGCUUUCUUUUUCUGAGAAGACCGAGGCAAAGAAGGCAUUGAGCAGUUCUGCCUUUUCCCUGUCCCCUGUCGCCAUCACCCCAUCUUCUCCUUGCAAUGGCCCUAUUGCCUCCUUUUUCUUCCUUUUUCUACCAAUGUAAGCAAAAAAGCCUUUUUUGUUGUUUUUUAUGUCCCUGGCAAGCCUGAGCUCAU